AUGGCAUCGAAAUCAAAAGAAAAGAAGCCCGGUCGUAUCACAAUUGCUUGUAAUGCGUGUCGGUCGCGGAAGCAGAAGUGCAGUGGAAAAAAAGGCCCAGAGAAGGGAUACGCAGAAGCACUGGAAAACCGACUCCAGCUCACAGAGAGCAUACUACUCAAUCUCCUUCCGCACGUCUCAGACGAGCAACUUGCCACAGCACUUCCUCCUAAAGAGGGCAGCCAAGAUCAUAGCACGCCCUACGUGCCAUUUCCAAGACUUGAAAAGAGAGGAAUAGAAUCUUGGUCACAGUUUCCUCUCGAUACUUCUCAUGGCAUCCGACGGUGGCAGCAUGCUUAUGCCGACCCCGAAAGGGCUGGUUGGGAUGGGCAUCAGGAUCUACCAAGUCCCAAGAGAAGACGAUUACAGAACGAGGGAUCCUCCACAUGCAAUAAUACUCUAGCUUCGGCUUCAAUCCCGACCUCGGGAAUUGGAGGUACAUUCAACGGAACAUUCUCUCCGCCAUCUCUCAACAUCUCCAACUCGAUCGAAGAAUACCCGACUCGACCAACCGAGGCAUAUGAAGGAAACAUCCCGUUGCAGACAAUAAGCUCGUGGAACGGGGCUCCUUCAUCUGAAUUCCAGCACGUGGUUGGUGACGCCAAAUCGUUUGUCUCGGACUUUUAUUGCUUCGGGGGUUCUGGAAGUGAAGUAUACAAACCAGCUUUGCUGCUAAAGGAUAUGGCGAUCGAAAAGGUCAUUGUCGUGGGCGCAGGGCCAUCAGGUCUAAUCCUCACCCUCCUCCUCUCCAAAAAAGGAAUAUCAGUAGAACUACUCGACGCUGGCACAGAACUAGACAAACAGCCACGCGCAGCCCACUACGCCUCAGCCGCCACCUACGAAUUAGAACGAGCAGGCGUGCUAGACGAUCUAAAGGAGCGUGGCUUUAGCCCAGAGGGCUUCGCAUUCCGGAAAUACGAUACCAGCUUCAUCGCCGGAAUCAAUCAUGCAUCAUUGCCCGAAGACUACCCAUACAAGAUGCAAGUCCUGCCCCUGGAUCAACUGGGACAACUUCUUUACGAACACAUCCAGCGCCAGCCAAAAGCAGUGGUGAAAUGGUCUCAUCGGGUCGUGAAAAUCGGCCAGGAUCAGGGUAAAGCGUGGGUGGAUGUUGAGACUACCAGUGGAACACGUAGAUCGCAGGCAGACUAUGUUAUCGGCUGUGAUGGGGCUAGCAGUACCGUUCGACGAGAGUUAUUUGGACCUGAGUAUCCUGGCGAAACACUGAAUGCUCAGAUCAUCGCUACAAAUGUAUACUACGACUUCGACCGCUACAACUACUGGGAUGCAAACUUCAUAGUCCACCCAACAAAAUACUACAUGGCCGCCCGCAUAACGAAAGAUGGCCUCUACCGAGUGACAUACGGCGAUAUGCCGGGUCUCAGUAGAGAACAGUACAUCGCGCGCCAGCCAGCUCGCUAUGAGGAGAUUUUACCGGGGAGUCCUAAACCUGGUGACUAUCGAAUCACGAAUAUCUCGCCUUAUAAAAUGCAGCAGAGGUGUGCGCCUGCUUUUCGGGUUGGGAGGGUUUUGCUUGCUGCUGAUGCGGCGCAUCUUUGUAAUCCUUUUGGUGGUCUUGGACUUACGGGUGGAAUCGCAGAUGUGGGAAACCUCUUCGAUGCACUUGUUGGUAUCCACGAGAAUCUUGCGGACGAUUCUAUUUUGGAUAAAUAUAGUGAAGUGCGGAUGCGUAUUUGGAGAGAUAUUAUCGAUCCUAUGUCACGAGAGAAUUUCCGAAGACUUUGGGAUCAGGAUCCUGAGAAGGCACUUGAGAAUGAUCAGUUCUUUCGGAUUUGUAAGGAAUCCGAGACGAACGAGGCACUUGCGAGGGAGUUGGCUUUGGGACUGGAUGUGCUCAGGUUCGAUAUGACGCAGUUCUAUAACAAAACGAACAACUCGGUUGAUUCUCGUGGGUAG